CGGGGAGCGGAGGAGAGUAAAUACAACAGGAGCGCAAGAUGGCGGAACCGCCGAGCCCAGUGCAUGGCGCCGCCGCCGCCUCCGUCGUUUCCGAGAAAGAACCAUUUGGCAAGCUUCAAUCUUCCUCCCGGGAUCUACCGGGUUCUCUGUCCGCAAAGAAGGUCCGGACUGAGGAGAAGAAAGCGCCGCGGAGAGUGAACGGAGAAGGGGGCAGCGGCGGGAACAGCAAGCAGCUGCAGACGCCCGUGGCACCUUCGCCUCAGAGCUAUGGCAGCGCCGCGUCUUGGAGCUUCUCUGCUCUUUCUGCUACCCCUUCUCCGUCCUCUUCUCGGAGCUGUUUCUCCUUCUCCGCCGGCACAGCGGUCCCCUCUUCAGCCUCCGCUUCCUUGUCUCAGCCGGUGCCGCGCAAACUGCUGGUCCCUCCUACGCUGCUGCACGCCCAGCCUCACCAUCUCCUGCUGCCGGCCGCCGCUUCCUCGGCUAACGCCAAGCCACGCAGACCUAAGGAAAAGCGGGAGAAGGAGAAGAGGAGGCACGGCCUUGGCGGGGCCGCCCGGGAGGAGAACGGGGAGGUGAAGCCGCUGCCGCGAGAUAAAAUUAAAGACAAAAUUAAAGAGAGAGAAAAAAAGAAGCAUAAAGUAAUGAGUGAGAUCAAGAAAGAGAAUGGAGAAGUAAAGAUUUUACUGAAAAGUGGGAAGGAGAAACAAAAAACAAAUGUAGAAGACUUACAAAUUAAAAAGGUAAAGAAGAAAAAGAAAAAGAAACACAAAGAAAAUGAAAAACGGAAGCGUCCAAAAAUGUAUAGCAAAUCUAUUCAGACUAUCUGCUCAGGAUUGCUAUCUGAUGUUGAAGAUCAAGAAGCCAAAGGCAUCCUAAAUGAUAACAUAAAGGAUUACAUUGGAAAGAAUUUGGAUACCAAGAAUCACGAUUCCAAAAUUCCUGAGAACAAUGAGUUUCCAUUUGUCUCAUUAAAGGAGCCACGAGUUCAGAAUAUCCUCAAAAGAUUGGACACUUUGGAGUUCAAACAGCUCAUUCAUAUUGAGCACCAGCCUAAUGGAGGUGCAUCAGUUAUCCAUGCUUACAGCAAUGAACUCUCCCACCUGUCUCCUAUGGAGAUGGAAAGGUUUGCAGAAGAGUUUGUGGGUCUAGUGUUCAGUGAAAAUGAAAACUCUGCAGCUUUCUAUGUAAUGGGUAUUGUUCAUGGGGCAGCUACUUACUUACCUGACUUUUUAGACUACUUUUCAUUUAAUUUUCCCAAUUCACCAGUGAAAAUGGAGAUAUUGGGAAAGAAAGAUAUAGAGACGACAACUAUGUCCAAUUUUCAUGCUCAGGUAAAAAGAACAUAUUCUCAUGGUACUUACAGAGCUGGCCCAAUGCGACAAAUAAGCUUGGUGGGAGCAGUCGAUGAAGAAGUGGGAGAUUACUUUCCAGAAUUUCUUGACAUGUUGGAAGAUUCACCAUUUUUGAAAUGUACACUGCCAUGGGGGACACUAUCUAGUUUAAAAUUAGAGAGUCGAAAAGAUAGUGAUGAUGGUCCCAUCAUGUGGGUACGUCCAGGAGAACAAAUGAUCCCUGUGGCUGAUAUGCCAAAGUCACCUUUCAAAAGGAAAAGAACUACCAAUGAAAUAAAAAACCUUCAGUACCUACCUCGAACCAGUGAGCCUCGUGAGAUGCUCUUUGAAGACAGAACAAGGGCCCAUGCAGAUCAUAUAGGACAAGGUUUUGAACGACAGACAACAGCUGCUGUUGGAGUACUGAAGGCUGUGCACUGUGGAGAGUGGCCUGAUCAACCUCGAAUAACCAAAGAUGUAAUUUGUUUUCAUGCUGAAGAUUUCUUAGAAGUAGUUCAACGAAUGCAGUUAGAUUUACAUGAACCUCCACUGUCCCAGUGUGUCCAAUGGGUUGAUGAUGCAAAACUUAAUCAACUGAGGAGAGAAGGCAUUCGCUAUGCCAGGAUUCAGCUCUAUGAUAAUGACAUUUAUUUUAUUCCAAGGAAUGUUGUUCAUCAGUUCAAGACAGUUUCAGCAGUAUGCAGUUUAGCAUGGCAUGUUCGACUCAAGUUAUAUCACUCAGAGGAGGAUGUGUCUCAGAAUACAGCUACUCAUGAAACAGCUACAUCACCAGAUACCAUAUCUUCAGUUCUUGGACCUCACGCGGACAACAUGAUUUGUGCUGUAAGCAAAACCUCCUUGGAUUCAGUGUUUUCAGAAAAACUUCAUUCUAAAUAUGAAUUGUCACAGAUCAAACAUGAACCUGUUUCAUCUGUAAGAAUCAAAGAAGAACCUGUGAAUGUUAAUAUUCCUGAAAAGACUAGAGCAUCAAAUAAUAUGGAUGGCAAGAAUGUUAAAGCAAAAUUGGAUCAUGUUCGGUUUACAGAAUUUAAGAUUGACAUAGAAUCUAAAUUUGAAAAUAGCAACAAAGAUUUAAAGGAAGAACUGUGUCCUGGAAGUCUCAUAAGUCUAGUUGAUACAAGACAACUUAGUUCUGCACACUCAAAUCAAGAUAGAAAAGAUGAUGACAUUUUGUGCUAAAUUUGUACAUAGCAUUUAAAAUUUUUUUAAAAAAUUAAUAAUGUAAUAAAGAUUCAUGAAUUCUGAAAGCAAGCCAAGAUCUUGCUCUCAAGUCUGUUACAAAAUAUAGUUUAUGUAGCUUUGUAACAUUCCUCAGUGCCUGUCCAUAACUGUGAAGUACAAAGCACUUAGGGCCAGAUGCACUGUAAACAUUGCAGGUUUAAACAUAAAGGAGUCUGUAAAAAAAUUCAUUUGAGUUGGAGUUGUAGAUUUUAGAAUGGGGCUGACAUUAAAAUAAAUAAAUAUAUAUGUAUAAUACAUAUAUAUUUAUUUAUUUAGUAAUAUGAGCCAGAAUUCUUUUUUGACAAUUUAAGGCUUUUCCAUACAGCUUAUUUAUACCAACAUUUUUUUUUUUUUUUUCCAUUUUGGAUGUGUCAGCACUGUAGUGUAAAUAACUUAAAAAAAAAAUCUUUUUAGUGUGAUUUAUACUGAAAUGUGAGCCACUUAAAGGUUCAUAAUAAUAAAUGUGUUUUCUGUUGGGUCUGCAAAGACAAACUGACAAUUCACUUAAGUCAUUUGUUUAUAUAUUAUGUUUCUCUCUGCUGAUAUCUAUUUAGAGUGGUAAAGAAGUUCAAAUAUAUGUAUUCAAAUCUAGUAAAUAUUUAAACUCCCCACACUGUGCAAACAUUUCAGAAAACCAAGAUUCAGUUAGGAAAGCCUAUAUAUAUAUGUGUAUGUAUGGGAAUGUAUAUAUGUAUAUCAUAUUUUGCACAAUUUCUUAAGUUGCUGAAUAAGAUGAAUAUGUGAACCUUCUACCCCUGUUUCCUGGAAUACAUUUUAAAAUAUUUAUAUUCAACUUUAAGAAAGCAGUUUAAGUUAUAGAAACAGUUUUAGAAAGUUAGGAGAAACAAUAUGUUUAUGAUGUCUAAUCCUUCAAACUAAUGAAUUAUGUGGCCAGAUUAUUUAGCCCUAACAUAAAUUUUCUUUGUGUACAGAAUAAGAAGUUUAGAAAUUUUUCUUACUAGUAAGCACUUGUACUAUAAUACUUAGUGGUAACUGAGUAAAAAAAAAUUAAGAAAAUUUAGUUGUGAAUAAUUAAAAAUCCUUUUUUGCAUUUUUCUUGCAGAAUGGGAGAAAAAUAUGGCAAAAACAAAAUUGUAAAAUAAGGGCAAAGACAAUGACUCAACUGCCAUAAACAGAUCCAAUAACAAAAUACUAUGUUACCUCAUCUUUCUCAGGAUCCCCUCCCUACCCUAGCAAGGCAAACAACUUGUGUACUUCCUUUUCUAAAGAAGCUUUAGAAAGUAAAUUGUGGUAGGAAACAGGAUUGCCAGUGCCUAACUAAAGAUGAGUAAGACAAGUAUCUAUCAAGAUGGACUUCAGCACUAUUUCAGACUGCUUCCACUUUUGUAAUUAAAAGUCAAACAGAAGUCUUUUAUGUGUGCAUUGUGUAAGGAACUCUGCUCAUUGCUUGUCUAUUAUGUUGUUCUGGGCCCAUACUUUAUUGAUGACUUUGAGUUGGGGUUUUUUGUGCUGCCUUUUGGGAAUGUUGCUGUUUUCACUUCAGUGGUUUUUGUUCUGGCCUCUUUUGUGGUACCCAUCAAAACUUCUCAUAUUUCUAGUUAGGGAGAAGCCAUAUAGAAAGAGGUGUUUCACUAGAACAAAUAAAGAUUAACUGCAACAAUAUUAGUUCUGACUCCAGUUUAAUAAAAAAGGUGGGCAAUAUUACAGGCAAUCUUGAUGGCUUAUAGGAAAUCAGUGUUGGCAACAUGGGAAGUUUCAUGGGAUAGGGGUGGUAUAAAUCAUGAUAAUGUAAAUAGAGGUUUUUGUUUUAUAUGUCACUGUCUUAUCCUCUCUACCUAUUUAAUUUUCUAUUUUAAGCUAGUUUUAGGAAUUUACACCUACCUUUUUGGAAGACAAAGUUCUUAACAAACCACUAUUGAGAAAUAAGAAGGGAUAUGGUUAAACUUUGUUUUUUAAUUGUUUUGUUUUUUAAUUUGAUUUAUUUAACAAUGUAUGUUUUAUUUACAGUUUUCUAGUAGCAUAUACCUAGAUGUACUGAGGUCAUACUGUAAGAAAAUGUCAUUAGGGUAUUCUCCCAAAAUAAAUGAGUCUUAAACUUUUAAAGGAAGGCAUAUCCAAAAUAACUCUAGUUAUUGCUUUAUAUAUAGUUUCUUAAUGUAACCAACAUACUCAUCCAUAAUUUGAAAAUUGAGUUGUUUUGUAAAAUGCUUUUAUCUUUGUGGAAGUGAAGUAUAUGUAAAUCAGUGGGUUCAAGAUAUCAAGUGAUACAGCCUUGUUGUCAACACUUUGAAUAAUGCUUGAAUAAUGUACUAUGGAUUAUUAUUUUAAUAUACUCUUCAGAUGCAAUCUAGGAACUUGUUGAUCACCUUUGUUCCAUACAGAUUUCUAUUUUAAUAUUGCAUUAUAUUAAUGGUUUCCUAGUUAGUACAUUCCAGGUCUUUAUCUGAAUACAAGAUUUUUGCUUUUCCUAUAUCUUGGACUAGAACAAUAAAGCUUUUAAGAUGUAGUUUCUAUAUGGUCAUAUGCUAUAUAGAAUUCAUAAUUGUGUAAAUUAUUAAGUGAAUGGAUACACAGACCUUUACAUAAAAACUUAUGUACCUCAGUGGUGUUUGCUACAGUGCCUCCCCUUUUUGUUUAUAACAUUUUAGCUAUCUAAGUAAUACAUAUUCCACACUUGGGUUAGCUGGUUGGUUAGCAGAAGAAUUAAACAUUUGUGAUAUUUUGUUGCAAACUUUACUAAAGCCAUAUAUUCAUUACCUUCCUUGUCACCAAGACUGUUGAUCUUAAAUAAAGAUUAGGUUGAUUUAGCUCAACACUUGUGUGUGUCUGCGCGCGAAUGAGUGUGUUUCUGCUUGUUGGAAAUGUUUGUUUCCAUGAAGAGGGGCUGUCAUUGAGGUAAGGAAGGAUUUGUUUCUUACGUUAAGUCUUAAGGUAUUUCGUUAAUGUUCCUGAGUGUAAAAUAGUUUUUUUUCCCCCCAAAUACUCAUGGCAGAUAAGAUUUUGUAAAAAAUAAAUUAGCACUGUUUUGGUAAAUCUGCCUUCAGUCAUAUCUCAAGAUUCAUUUUACAUUUAACAAAGGUGCAAAAUUUGUUUUUGGAGGUUGAGAUGAAUUUUUCUUGUCUUCCACCUUUAAAUAAAUACCGAUUGGUAACCAUCAUCUUUUUACCUUUGUUUUGUAAUUAUUUUUUAUAUUUUACAUUUUAUUUAAUCUUAACAUCUUAAGAAGUUCUCAUUUUUCUGUCUUCAACAGACCAUAAAAUCCUGAAAGUGAUUUCAAUCUGAAAAACCCUUUUUCCCCUUAAAAAACCAGUAGUGAAAAAUUGACUUACGCCAAUAGGAGAAAAGAAUAUUGAAGAUUAAUUUAAGGUCUUUAGUUAAGUAUAAGUGGUGCGAAUGUCAUGGUAAAUACCCUUGCUGUUACCCCUACACAGGGCUAUUUUUGUCUUAGGAAGGGAGGACACAGUGCCAUUCUUUUAAAAAUACAUUUAGGUUGCUGAAAAAUGACAUGAUCAGUUUUAGCUCUUUAGAAUAGUAAUAUAGCUUGUAGUCUUUCUCCACUUGAAUUAUAACUGCUUUGAUAUGUAAACAGAAUUUUACUGGUUUUAGAAUGCAUUGCUUAUUUCAUGGAGUCAUGUUAAGUUAAAAGACUUAAUGUACUGUCUCUACUAAGUAGGGAAAAGCAUCAUGCUUAUCAGUUUGUGUUCCCUUCCAGCUCUUCCUGGACUUCAGAUCCAAUCAAGGAAUGUGAAUGAACUAAGAAUAUAA